AUGGUUGAGGCGAAAAAUCAACAAGAAAUCGUGUGUGCUACAAUUGAAAGUGUUUUUGCAGAAGUGCAACGUGUUGGUCCUCAUCUUCUUCAAUUGUAUGAUGAGCUAAAUACUUUUUUGGGUUCGUUGGGAUUGUAUAAAGCUGCAGGUGGAGCUACAUACGACAGAAGUUUAAUUAAUCAAUUGUACAACACGCUUCGAUAUAUUGGACGUCAGACAGUUACUAAUAGUAAUAAUAUUGAGAAUCCAUCUCUCAAUAUAGGUGGACCUGGUCAUCCUGAUGAGUUAAUCAAUGGUAUCCGUUCGGACAUGCACGGCGAUGGUUUUUUCAGUCGAUUUCUUAUCUCAGCACCCAAACCAUCAAUUCCAUAUAUAGAAGAAAUUAAAAAUAUUGAAUCUAGUAUUCCGUCAAUUACACAUCUUCUUUAUACAAUUUAUGUUUUUCAUGCUGAUGCCGUUGGUGACGGGAUUAUCUAUAUGUAUUCCACUAAAGCUCUUCAGAUAAUGAAAGAAAAAUUUAAUCAUUUUACUGAUGUGGUAAAUGAAGCCCUUGAGUAUGAUGCAUUUAUUACAACUGUUUAUUCAAAAGCUAAGGUUCAAGUUCAACGUUUAGCGGGCGGCGAUCCAUGUGGCUAA